UCCAAGGAGCGGGGCGUUUUAACCUCAUAAUUGCUGGUUCUGUUUUUUCUGGAUUCUUCUCCUAAGAGUUUGCCUAGAAAGAAAGGAACAGAGGGAAUAGGAGGGGCUCCACCACCAAUCCACCUUGUUGGCUUCUUAGAAUUUCUCUAAUGCAGUCAAGUGAGUGUCUUGGACGCAAAAUAUGUGAAUUUGAGUUUGAGUUUCUGCACUGGCUCUCCAGCUUCCUAACUAACAUUGGCCUUUCCAUUUGUAGCUUCGAUUAAGCUUCUGGUAUGGUAAUAAGGGGGAACGGAGAGGUAGUGAAACUCCAAAAGGCUCUUUCGUUGAGGUUCAUUCCUCCAACAAAUAAUGAACACCAACUGGGUAUCCAGAGGAAGUAGGCCAGGAGAGUGAGCUCGACCUGGUGGAGCACGCACAGCUCCCUCCGCACAACCACUAGUACCCAGAUGUCUCUAUUCCCUACUGGGGAAGAGAGGGCAAGGAGAUGCAUGGUGGCCACCCCGCUCCUUUCAGCUGCUGCCAGGAUGCGUGGCAUAUGACGGAUACCUCUCCAAGCCCAAAGCCUGUCGGUUUUUUUGCGCCUUUACCCCACGGUGCACACCAGGACCCAGGGAGGGACGUGCACAAGGCUGGGGGUGGAAGGGCAGUAACCGCGCCCCUAAUCCCUUUGGCGCUCCCUCCGCAGCUCCCGAACACCCCAUUCUUGAAGUUUCGUUGUCUCGCGCCUAUUUCGCUGCUUCCGGAAUCCGGCGGCUCGGGCCUCGAAGCCCGCCUGGGAAGGAGUCUAUCGGUUUGUCAGAGAGCCUCGAUCGUAAGCCUCCUCAUGCUCCCUUGUUUGGGUCACUGACCCCUGCCCUGGGUGGGGGAUACAUUUCUGAAGCGGCCGGCAAACCUAUCCAAAACUGCGUAAUGACCCCCUCACCCUCAUCCCAGGAUCCAUCACAAAGGUGAUUUCGUUGACUGGGCCGAACUGCGGGGAGCGCGGGGAGAUCCUGGGUCUGGGAACAGCUCUUGUCAUUUGGGGUGCCACGUGGAGGGAGAGCAAGUCGGUGAGAGAUCACUCGCGGGUCCGCUUGGCAGCAAGGCGCGCACGAUGCACUGUGUAGGCGCAGAAGGCGCCGGGGCGUCCCGGACUCGUGCAGUGGGAAGAUCAGGGCCGUGAGGGGUCUUGGACUCAUCUCCGGUGAAAGACGAGGAAUCCGGCACAGCUAAGCGUGAGGAUCAGGGGUGGUGUACUCUGGCGCGGAACACGGGCGGCGCUCGGCGCCCAGAGCACAGGUUGGAGACGCAGCCGCUCAUCCCGCCUCUGAAGGCCGGGACCUUCCCUUCCCCGCUCUCCCCUCUCCCUGGGAGCACUCCUCGCCUUCCUGAGUCUGCUGGGCCUCAGGCCCUAUGCGUGGGACUUUGCAAGGACCCGUGGCUGGGAGCAGGGACACCACGGGGGCAGAUCGGGCCGGUUACCAGUUAAUACACCUGGGAUCCAGCUCUUAUCAACUCUCGUCCUGCGGCUUCCGCAGGUUCUAGGUUCCUUUCGCACCUCAGAAGGGACCUCGACCCCAAGCCCCACGCUCUUUGUGGUCUUGGGCAAGUCACUUGUCCACUGCGAACCUCCCAUUCCACGGCUGCAAAAUGGGUGCCGGAGUCUCCAUCUCACGGGGUUGCGCGGAGCCGAGGGUGUGCAGUGAAGACGCUGCGCCCCGGGAGCUGGCGCGCCCUACCUGCUCCGCGCUCGGCUGCCGCUCCCUCCCUCCGAGUCCGCGUACGACCGGCCGGGCCGCGGCACUCCGGGGCUGCUCCUCCGCGAGAGUGGGCAAGACUGGGCUGGGCGAUCCCCUUUACUGAGCGAUAGGGAAAGAGACCACGGGCUUCGCUAGGCUGUCCCCUCGGGAAGCCGAGUUUCCGAGGUCCGGAACCGCCUGAGCGUAGGGGGCGGUGGACCAGCAGAGGCGCGCAGCGCGGCCUCCCUGAACAACCCGCGCCGCCAGCGACUGGCUUCCCUUGCGCUCCUGGUCAGAGGCAGGGGCGUUGGCGUUCGUCUGGAGCCGGGCGGCCGGGCCUCCGCGCUCCCGCACUCGGCUCAACCCAAGGGGGUUUAUUCAGUUGACACUUGGUUGCCUUUGCCAAAGCAGGCGAGGCUGUAACCAGAGCGCGUUUGCUAGGCUGGUCUUUGCACACACUCACAGGCAUUUCCGAGCCCUCCUCUGGGUGGAAGUGUGCGGGCCGGUGGAUUGCAGAGGCACAUCUUCUUGGUCCGCUCCCAGGAACGCAAUGGAACACAGCGGGUGGGAGGGAGAGCCAAAGAAUCCGAUGGCCGGACGGUCACUGCCAGCCUGGUGCAGGGACUGAGGGACUCUGCAGGGAGGGGUGUGUGUGUGUGUGUGUGUGUGUGUGUGUGUGUGUGUGUGUGUGUGAAGAGCACACAGUCUGUGCAAAGGCCUGGGCUGGGAAGGUGCUUCAGAGGGGGGCAUAGAGAUCUGGCACUGACCUUAGAUAUUAGCUGCCUGGGACUCCUGCUUGCGAGUGGGAUGGGGAAAGUUAGGGAGGAGAUGAGUCUAAGAGAUUGUGGUUUGCUGGGUAUUGUAAACGCCAAGGAUCUUGGACCAGAUCCUGAGGGUAGAGUGGAAUCAGCAAAGGAUUUUAAGCAGGGCAGGACCAGAUUCACCACGAAUGCUGGAAACUGCUGGGGCCACUGUGUGGAGGAAUGGUUGGUGGCUGGGGUGGCACUGGAAACAGGGAGAGCAGGGCAUAUACUGGCCUAGGAGAACAGCAAGUGGCACUAGACAGGGGAGGAUUCCCAAAGAUACUUAGGGAAAAGAACCAAAUGCCAGAUGACUGGUUAGAUGUGGGGUGGAGAGGAAGGAGCGCAUGAUUUAGGUUUCUAAGCUUGAGGGGCUGGAUGAGUGGCGGCAUCAUUCCCUGAAAUAGAGUGUGCACAGACUGAGGGUUGGGACAGGGUCAUGGGAUGAGUAAUCUACUUAAAGAACAAAAUUUCCCUGGUGCUCAGAGGUCAGGCUUUGCCUUGACUUCUGCAACAGGGUUAACCAAACUCAGCUGCUUCCUGGAGGGGUUCCCAAUUUGCUAGUGGAGGCAUCCACACCCAAAUAGCCACACUGUAAGUGGGGAGAGAGAUGGGGGAAAAGGCCCAACAAGGAAGGCUUAUGGGGGAGGGGACAUUUCAUCCGGGUCUUUUGUUUAUUUGUCUUUGUAACAUUUACUGCUAGAAUGUCCUGGGGCUCUGGAGUUGAGAGUCUGGGACUGCCUGGUACUUAAUAGAUUGAAAAGUACUAAGCAGUAGUCAUUGCUGUUGUCACGGAGCUCAGCUCAUGGCAGGGAAAGUGAGAACUCUGAGGGGUUAAACAAUUUGCCCAAGGGCACAGAGCCAGCAAAUGCAUAUCCGUCUAUGCUUCCAAGAAACUCUGAGCAUGUCUACAGCUGGGGUACAGUUUGUUCAUCUUUUUUUUAAAAGAUUUUAUUUAUUUAUUUAUGGAAGAGAGAGAGAGAGAGAGAGAGAGAGAGAGAGAGAGAGAGAGGCAGAGACACAGGCAGAGGGAGAAGCAGGCUCCAUGCAGGAAGCCUGACAUGGGAUUUGAUACCCGGUCUCCAGGAUCAGGCCCUGGGCUGGAGGCAGUGCUAAACCACUGAGCCACCCGGACUGCCACCCAUCUUGGGUUUCUAUCCUUGCAAGCUAUGUGACCUUGUGCAGGUUACUUUAACUCUCUGGUCCCCAUUUUCCUCAUCUGCAAAAUGAAGAUUAAUUGAGAUAAUCAGAAUAAAACACUUAGAGUCUUUCUGGGCAUGUGGUAAGUACUCAAAAACUUGCAUGUUAUUGUAUUAUUAUAUUUUCCCAGCACUUAAGAUACAUUUUCAUGAACAGAUUCAUUACAUACAAAUAUAAGGGAUCAUUGUAGAAAAUUUGGAAAACUCAGAAAAGCGCCAAGAAGAAAAUAAAAACCACCCACUAGCUCAGCUUCAGAUGAGCUGGUGCCUGCAGAGGUGUGGAGUAUGGGGUGGAUCCAGGCAAAGAGAACUGUAUGGCCGAUUUGGGACCAAGUGUGCACGGUGCGGUCGACAGAUCUAUGCCAGCGAUUGGGUGCGGCGGGCACGCGGCAAUGCCUAUCAUCUGGCCUGCUUCGCUUGCUUUUCAUGCAAGCGCCAGCUGUCCACGGGCGAGGAGUUUGGCCUGGUGGAGGAGAAGGUGCUGUGCCGCAUCCACUACGACACCAUGAUCGAGAACCUCAAGAGAGCUGCUGAGAACGGGAACGGCCUCACGCUGGAGGGGGCAGUGCCCUCGGAACAGGACAGUCAGCCCAAACCGGCCAAGCGCGCGCGGACGUCCUUCACCGCAGAGCAGUUGCAGGUGAUGCAGGCGCAGUUCGCGCAGGACAACAACCCGGACGCACAGACGCUGCAGAAGCUCGCGGACAUGACGGGCCUCAGCCGGAGGGUCAUCCAGGUGUGGUUCCAAAACUGCCGGGCGCGUCAUAAAAAGCACACACCGCAGCAUCCCGUGCCGCCCUCCGGGGCGCCGCCGUCCCGCCUCCCUUCCGCCCUGCCCGAGGACAUCCACUACUCUCCGUUCAGCAGCCCCGAGCGGGCGCGCAUGGUCACCCUGCACGGCUACAUUGAGAGUCAGGUACAGUGCGGACAGGUGCACUGCCGGCUGCCUUACACCGCACCCCCCGUCCACCUCAAAGCCGACAUGGAUGGGCCACUCUCCAACCGGGGUGAGAAGGUCAUCCUUUUUCAGUACUAAUGCUGUCUGUCCACGGGCACCCCACCACUGCCCCACAGCCGCCGAAAGCUGGUGUCCAAGCCACUGCCAGGGAUCCACCCGCGCCACAUCCGCCCCUCACCCGCUGUCCUGAUCGCCUCUGGCUGGACCCCUGGGCCUGGCCUUCCCUUCUCCUGCUGAGAACCAGAACCUGCCAAGGCACCACGGAGUCCUCCUCUCAGAAGGCAGAGCUCCCUGAAAUUUGGAAUCAGGGUGAAAAACAACGGCCUGUUUUUCCAUUUAGACAGGAGUCAUCUUCAACUUAAGCUGAUUACAAUAGCAAAAGGCCAAAGGCCAAAUUGAAUCAUGCAGCGCCAACAGCCUUCUAAUUUACAGGUUUUCUUUCUUCCCAUCCUGGCCUUUAUUUACUUCUUCCUUGCAACCAUCUCUGAAUUCCGAAUAGCCGACAACCCCCAAUGUUAUCCACUCUGUUGCUUUUGUCUGGAAAACUCUACAGUGUUUGUGGGAUGUCCCCAAAGGAAAGCUAUGUUCUAAUUUUAUCAUUUCCAUCUGUCUGGUUAUGUCAAGUUAAUUCAGAGAGAGAAGAGACACUGACCAACCCUGAGAGGCCCAACAGGGCAGAGAUGGAGGCCGGUCCAGACCAAGAGGCAGGGGGAUAGGCAGGGGCUGGGAGGGGGGUGGCCAGGACUCCCACUGGAGAACGACGUAGCAUGUUGGGUGUGGGAGGCACUAACUAUUUUAAGGAUAGAGAAGAGAAAACUCGGGGCAUAUAUGGGGAGACUCUGUUCCUACCUAGUUAUCUGGCAUCCAUACAGGACAGCUGGCAGAAAUGUUAUUUGAUAUGUAUGAGGGCAUUUCUGAAUGCUUGUGCGGGUUAGAGUCAGGGGCCCUUGUUGGCUACUUGUUGACUCCUGAUGGGGGCACUUGGGCUUCCUUGGAGGGAGGGGCCCUUCAUGGGGGGAGCUGGGGAAAUGGAGCCCGGGGACAUGGUGGUAAGAAUGCUAAUUCUGGACCCAUUUCUGAGUAGAGAGAAGGUGCUUGCUGCCUAGGUGAACCUGCUGAGCCCAGAAUUGCAGGGGGCACUGGUGGGCUUCCCCAGUACCCCUGUGCAGAGCCAGCCCCUUCCCCCACUCGGAAAUGUGGAGGCCAGACACAGCUGUGCUCACGACCACCCUAUUCUGCUGCAACUCUUCCACCCCAAACAAAAGGGCUUGGGCUGCACAAGACCAUGAUUUAUGUUUUCAGGAGACGCCCAUUUGUCCCAAGCUUAUCCUGUAAUUUCAGAAUUACUUAGUGUCCUGAUGCAUUACCUAUUAGAGGCUGCUAGUAAGCAUGUUCUAGCCCAAGUCCUCCCUCCUGCUUUGGUUAACCCGAUACAUUGCUUUUGGAAGGAGACUCUAGGACCGGGAAAGCAUGUUCAUGGCACAUACGUAUCUGCUGUCCCUGCUUUUGCCCAUGGUGGACACCGCUGAUUGAUUGCAUCACUCUCAGAGUCUGGAUAAGGUUUCGGAAUCCAAAUGCCUCAAGUUGGCCCUUAAAACGAAUACCUACAUGCCUUUCUUGCUCUGGGACCUGGAGGAGGGUAAGGCACAGGUGUAGCCUGAGAAGGGAACUUGCUUCCUUUCCCUUCCAAAGACAGUUCCAUGGAACUCAGAGCCAAGCGAAGGUAGCACCGGAAUGCAGUCAGCACAGCCCUGUUCAUCCCCUGAAUAGUUGAUACCUGGCACUGCACAGGAUGCUGAUGUUAGCAAGAGAAGCUUGGGCCUGAUCCCUGGUGAGUGGGGAGCUCUCGUGUUUCCUUUGAUUUUUGCUCCUGGUGAUAGAAGCCCUGAGCACAGCCAUGUGGUAAGUGGCCAGCCAAGCCCUGCCCAGGGUCACCUAGUUCCCACUCUGCCUUGAGCCUCCCGCCUGGAGGUCUGUUCCUUGCGUGGAUCAUGUGGUUGUAGCAUGUUGCCAUUCAGACAUGUCUCCACUAGCCUGUUAGAGCAGCCUGGGAACGCACAGGCCACCAAGACUAUUUAUUUAAAUAUAAAACAGAGGGAGAAACACACACACAUGGAAAAAAAAUUGUAAGCACUUUUUUGGUAAAACCAAUGUCUGUUUUGUUACAUACCUUUCAUGUUGUGCUUUGUAAAUGUCCUAUUUGUGUAAUAAAUAAAGUUAAUGCAAGUAGAAGUGCUGGCACUUAAAUCCAGAA